UGUCCGCGUAAUGCGGACUUUUCCCUGUCGGGUGUGGCGUGCAAGUGGGGCUGAGGGUCUCUCGGUGCUUCGCGAGGCCCACAGCGCUUGCGACGAAUGUCACACCCCCGCUCGCGAAGACCGCGGUCGGGAUGAUGGUAGUAGUGCUGCAUGAUGCGGCGAAGCGUGUCAGCAACCAUGUGCUAUUUCGCGGCCGGCGGCCCGUGGGGGGGGGGCUGCCGGCGGCAUUUCUUCCGGUCAGGCGCUGGGUGCAAGGGGGUGUCAAAGCCAUCGAAUUUAGAACGCCCGACACCCAGGUCAUGUUUCCUUUACGGUAUCUCGGACGGUGGCGCCACUUACUUAUACCGACGGUGGCGCCACUUACUUCUGCCUGCGUUGCCACCGACGCCUUAUUACUCCAGACCGUGCGCAAACGCCGCCUGCGUCGCCGCUGACGCCUCCCUUACCUCAUGUUGUGAGCACGCGCACACGCCUAUCUCGGACGGCGAAAGCAUCAGCGUGCGUCAGCAUUUUGCACUUGACCGACCUGCCUUUUAGUCUCGCAGCCAAGCGCGGGUCACGAGAGCGCUGCAGUGUGCAAGGGAGCUCAUCAGAG